CCAUUUACUGUGAUCAGCUGACAGCUGACAACGAUCAGCUGAAAACGAGCGCGUCUGUCGCACUGCGAUCGAUUCAUCGCAUCGCGUCGAUUAUCGUUGAAGAAAAAUCGUCAGCGAUUUUGAAGAAGCGAUUUCGCGUUUCUUUCGCGCAAAGUGAUAAGAAAAAUAAUAUAAUCCCGCAUUUGCGUUAUCGUGCGUGCGCGCGCACUUCGAUAUUGACGCGGUUGACGUUACAUCCCAUAGCCCUUUUGUUUACCAUUGUAAGCAUGCUUUUCGAGUCUAUGUAGGCCAGGCGCCAGCUUCCUCCGUCCCUCCCUUCCCGGUGUCGAUAAAAACGAGAGAUACCGCCAACUCGCCUGAGAGCAAUAUGUCUUUCGAUCGAUUUUGAUCAAAUGCCAAAUGCGUGAGAUCCGAAGCGCUCUUUUAUCGCGGUAUGUUCUCACAUCGGACAGAGUCAGACCUCGAUGAUUCUGUAUAAAAAAUAAGGUUAGGACGAUUACAUCUGUAUACAACAUUGCGACGUAAUAACUUAUAUGUUGGAGAAAGCGGCGAAUUUCUCGUCUCGUUAUUUUUCUCCUUAGACAUGAAUACAGUUCUCGAUGAGGAUUCGUCCUAGAAUCCUGUUGGCCAUUCUCGCGAAUUGUAUAGGAGUUAUAUCGAGUAAAUUGCAAUAAAAAUCUAAUUGUACAGAAAUUUCAAACGCGUUUAAUGUCAACGUAACAUUUGGGAGACGAUGGACGGAGAAGAUUCCGUAGACGUGGUGGACCCGCAGGAGCUGCAGGAGACUCUUCAGACAUAUAGAAAACUUGCGGACGAUUUUGUGAACCAUGACACAAUCUUGAAGGAUAAAACGGUCUUAUCAUACAUAGCGUAUGUCUUAGAGGUACCUGAUGUAGAUGUGGUUACUUUAGCCUUAGAUAUUCUGGAGAUAUUUGUCAAGAAUGUAGACAAUUAUAUACACAUAACAUCUACUUUUGGUGUGCGUGAAUCUUUAGAAGCAAUUAUAAACAAGUACAGUCUGACUGAACCAAAGUUAGCCAAUCGAGCACAAUACAUUAAGGAUGACAUAGAACGCAUGAAACCUCCUAUAUAUAACUUACGUAGUCGUUGUAGGCGAGUUAUAGAACCUAAAAAAUUGAAGACUCAUGUAAUAGUUUUACAUGUACAAGGUCUAUUACCUGAAACUCGAUCUGAGUUGGAAGGGAUAUUAAUAAGAAUCGAAGGUCUCAUUUCGCUUGUUGUUGACGUAGAGCAUCAGCGUGUAACUAUGCGUACCUUGAAUUUUGUCACUGCGAAACAAAUUGCAGAAGCAAUUGACAAAAAUACAGACAAUAUGGAAGCAAGAUUGGUGACAAGAAAUAAAUUUAAUCAAGAGUUUCUUGUAAAGCUGAUACAAACAGAUAAUAGUGAUGGUGAAGAAAUGCCUGACUAUUUACCUGAAGAGGAAGAAGAAGAUGAUAAGGAAGGAGUUGUGUCGUUAUUUACCGGUUUAAAACAAAGCGCUUCAUCUCUAUAUAAAUCUACUACUGAAUUUCUAAGUAAUUCAUUUUAUUGGUAAAAUUUGUAAUUAUAAUGAAAAUUGUUGUAUAAUUUGUGAUUGUUUUAAUUAUAAUUUUAUUUAUUUGAAAUCUCGUUUAUCUGUCCUUUUAAAAGAGGGCCAGAAACAAUUCAUGCAUAUUGAUAAUAUAUAUUAUCCCAAUAGAUAUAGAUAUCUCCUUAAUAGACAUUAAGGAGAAAGACUACAUAAUUUUUAGUAAUAAUCGUGACUAUAAUUGAUUAUAAUCAUUUGAGAAUCUCAUAUUCUUAUCAGCACAUUUAUGCUUGAUAAUGAUCAUAGAGAGUCGAUAAGAAAUUAAUCGGUUUUUACGGUAUAAUAAAUAAUGCCUUUCUUUCCCCCUGCACUCUUAGUAGAAAAUUAAUAUAUACAGAUUUCUAAGUCUUUACAUCUAUAUUCGUAAAAAAAGGGGGUAUGCUCUAUAUAUAUUUGUAUAUAGAGUUAACUUUUUAUCUUUUCUAUUUUAGCAGUCUUGCAUAUUCCAUCUUGCGUUAACUGAUUUAGUAUCAGUAAAAAUAAAUUAUGUAUAUAUACAUAAAUCAUAUUAUGUUGCACGAUCAGAGCAAUAUUUUUCAGCACAUUCUAAUAUUAAUAUAAGCAUGUAAGUAAAUUCCAAUAUGCACUAUAUGUACUAAAAAUUUUAUUAUUUAAGUAAACAAGAUCUCAUAAGUGAGUUCAUUGUAAAAGCUUGUAAUAUAAAAUAUCAAAUUAGAUGUGAAAUUUAAAUAUAUGUGACAUGACAUUCAAGUCGCAAUAGUACAGUUCUUGCAAUCAGAUAAAACUAAAAUGAGUUCUAAUACUCGAUUUUACAAUAAAUGUUAUCAAUGUCAACUGACUGUUUUUAUUUACAAAUUGCUUCUAUUUAUGAAAAUUGCGCUGUUUACAAAACUAAUAAAUGACUACUUUUAACUACUUGUCGAAAUUUACGCAUUUAUAUCAAAUAUAUAUUGUAUUUAUAUCGGAUUAGUAUAAAGAGAAUGAAGUAUAUAGAGAUGAAACGUCCUGUAAAUCAACUUUAUUUUAUGUAUAACACAAAUUUUGUGUAUUGCUUCUAUUAUUAUAUAAUAAUAGAACUCGUCAGUUUUAGCUGCCACUGCACGAAAAGGAACAAUUUAUGCAACUACUCGCAUAAUGUAUGAGAUGUGGAUACAAUAUAUAUGAUUACUACAAAGUACAUCUCUCUAAUAAUACGCCUUAGAAAUUAUUUUGUUUAAAUGAGCACAUCCAAAUUGUUAUUCUAUCUUAUUUUUAAUUUGCUAAAAUUUCGGUGUUGUAUUGUCUAUAUAUUUACAGAUGUAUAUAAUUGUCAUUAAGGCAAUUUGAGUUUCAAAGCAGG